UUUGUUGACGAGGGCAGGUCUGUGGGCGUGUCCAGGGAGAGGCUUGUACAGGUACAGGUGAGACAGGUGGACCUCUCUCACACCUCGCAAUCUGGACUCUACAUCAGCAGCAGCACACACACACCUCUUCAUAUCGACAGCGAAACCCCGCCAAGCACAAUGAGUGCAGAUGGAAAAACGCCCCCUCCCUACGUCAUACCAGUAGAAGGUGGUCAGGGGGAUGGAGUAAAGGUUUACCACCUCCACAGCCCAUUCACCCCUCCCAGUUUACAGCAAAGUGCCACCUCAUUCACACCAGUGUACACCAGCGGAGGAGGUGGAGGAGGCAACCUCGGUUCAGGUCUUGAGUCUGGAGAUGGCAAAAGGAAGUUUGUGAGCUACGACACGGCACUGGGGAGUAAUCCCGGCAUGACGACCUGCGCUUCCUGUCAGCAGCAGGUCAUGACCAACGUCACCUACAAAGCAGGGACGUACGCCUGGCUGAUGUGCUUACUCUUUAUCUGCUGCGGGUUGAUCCUGUGUUGCUGCCUGAUUCCAUUCUUCAUGAAAAACUUCAAGGAUGCGUACCACACAUGCCCCCGCUGCAACAGAGUGCUGCACGUUGAGAAGAAGAAAUGCUGUAAAUGACGAACAUGAGGGCAGACAUGGGCCCAUAGAGAUGUGCAGCAACAUUCUGUUACUGUUGUUUAUAUUGUGGGAUGGAGCUUAUUUCUAUGGAUGAGCCAUUGCAUUAGCCAUGGCAGAAUCAAACAAAUCAAUCAUAUUAUUAGCAAAACAGACUUGGAGUGAUUGUGUUGUUAGAGGUUAAAUAUCAUGUGCUCACUUUUAAAGCUCUGGCAAGUUGAAUCAAGCACACCCCAUGCACUUUUGGGAGCCAUUUUAUUUUUUGUCCCAUUCCAGCAAGAAAGCUUUCUCUAUUAUCAUACUUAGAAAUUUCCGCAUACGUUAUGUUGCUAAAAUGAAGGCUUGUACAUAAACCUUAUCAAAUACUUAAUGUUUCAUGGGAUUGUUCAUUUUUAAAUUUAAAACAUAAAAGCUGUCCAUUUUAAGGGAAUGUCACAACAUCACCGUGAAACAAACCAACACAAUAUUUUAUUAAACCAGAAGAUUGAGCUAACAACCCUGUUAUAUUUGCUCGUCUGCAGUUAUUGUACAAUAAAUUUGUGUCUGUGUUGUUUUGCAACACUCCAAAAUAAAGUAAGACCAAUGUGGCUUCUUUGUGUUAUAUUAAUAUGUUGUCAGCCAUUAUAAUUCUUAUAUGAAGGGAUGAAGGGAAAUCUGAGCAAGCAUGAAGUUGAAAGAAAAACGUAUGUAAUGUACAACAGCAGUCGGCUGUAAAUGUAAUUUAGAAUUUUUGUUUAGAUCAUUUGAAUCUUCAAACAAAGAUGUGUCAUCUGAAUGAAUUGAACAAUGCAAAAUUAAAGCAAUGCUACACUA